AUGUUCAUCUAUCCUUUCCUUGUGACUGCUAUUUCUGCAGCAUACAUCAGAAGCCAGGGAGUGAACAACGGCGAAACACCCGGUGCACCUGGCCUGCCCGGUUCUCCUUCAAGCCCGGGUACAAACAUCCCAAUGAGCGGAGCCCCGAACUUUCCAUAUGGAUAUGGACCAAAGAAUGGAGGAUUCUAUCCAUACGGAUAUCCUCCAUGGAUUGGGAACUACCCUCCGUUCUGGAGCUCUCCUAUGGGCGACGAUCACCAUCCAUUUGGAUACGGUCCGUAUAGUGGAGGAUACUAUCCCUAUGGAUACGGACCAUUCUCUGGCGGAUACUACCCAUACGGAUAUAAUCCUACGAGUGGUGGAUUUACUCUUUACGGAUAUGGCUUGUUGGAUUUUUCCUCUGAGCUUGGCAAAGGCUCUUCCCAAAAUGGAGGAGGCUUACCGGCUAGCGAAGUUCCAUCGGUUGGAGGGUUUGGACUCAGCAAUGAGGAAUGA